UAUCCAACGGUUACAAUACCGUGUUUCCGCCGACAUCCUUUUCACGAAGCCAUACAUUUUUUUCCUCAACGUUGCUGGUAAAUCAAAUCAGUCGUAAGAGUCAGGGGAAAAGGGAGAAAAAAGCCACGAGAGAGACGGCCAUGAGAGUGGUGGUGGUGUAGCAGUAUAGUAUAGUAUAGUAUAGUUUAGUUGUAGAUUAAAUGGUAGCAGAAGAAAUUUACCUCGUUCUAUGAAAGCUCGAGUCUCUUAUGGUGUAUGGUUUUCUUUUCCGGUAGUGAGCGCUGAGAAGAAGUAUUUGUCUUUGUAGAUACAUUUUCAAUGCUUGUUUGAGGGGUUCUCGGAGCGCCGGCUUUUCUGGGUUUUGCUUCUGAUUCAGUUUCAGCUAUGGUGGAGUUCUUCAUGGAUUUUUCAAAUGCUGAUCGGGGUCUCAAAAUCUCUCACUAUCUCAUCCAUCAAUUUGUGCAAGUAUGUUUCCGCAUUUCCUUUCGUGUAGUGAGUUCCAAUGAGAAGCAACAGCAUAUUCUUUUCCAAUGAGUUUUCUCUGAACAUUACGGAAUCCGAUGAUCGUUUUCUGGUAGUUCGCUAAAUUAGUUAUCAACUCUUUCAUUCUUUUUGGGGGGUAGGUUUUGCAUAUAUAUUCUACUAUUUAUUGCAUACUCAUAUAUCUCUAGCUCAUAUAUAUAGGAACACUUAAAUUUGUGAAAAUUUUUGUUAUUCAUCGGAUUCCUAUAUACAACUUUUUUGGUUUCUAAAAAAUUCACACACACUCACAGUUUUUCUCUCCGGAUUUCUCUUUUCAAACAUACAUUCAGAGUUCAUACAAAUCCAUAUAAUUCAUACAGAAAAAACAUACGUUCCAUACUUCAAAAGAGUUUAUAGAAACAAAAAGAGAUAGGGGGGGAGAAAGAACAAAAUAGGUGAGUGAACUGAAGUUAAGAAAACCAAGAAAGAAAAUAGGAAGGUUAUAGAGGAUGUUGGCUGGGUGUUCUAGUUCUACAUUGCUGUCACCAAGACAUAGAUUGAGCGAAGCACCUGCACAGUUGCAAGCCUGCCAUUUCCAGCUGCCUUCAAUGAGCACACAGAGAUUGGACUUACCAUGUAGUUUCUCCCGCAAAGACACCUCGCGCUCGCAGCCCAUUAGGCCAGUUGGCCUUUCGGUGGAGAAGUCAAUUGAAUCGAAGACUAGCAGCUGUUCUCUUAAGCAGAGUGUCCGCCUUCCACCUUUAGCGACAAGCACUCAGAAGACGAGUGCUCAGACGACAUUUAUCGAAGCGAAGAGAGAGAUCAAAGGUGAGUUUUGGGAGCAAGGAAAGAGCUUGAAGAGGUUAGCAGAGCAGGGCUCUGUUGAUGAUUCAUGCAUUAGUAAAGCCAAGAGGAAAAAGGGCGGCGGUGAUAAUGGGAAAUCCGAUGAAAUUCUGGGAAGUGGACAUGAUAGUUUGAGUUUAGGCCAACUGGGUGCUGGGAACUUUUGGUUUCAGCCCGGUAUCGAGGCGUCUCGCUCAGUUCCUGGGAUCACAGGCCUUAACCCUCCCCGAGUUCCGUUCUCUCUGACGACAUGUUCAGGGGACGACGAAAGGAACUGUUACGUGCCCGGUGAAUUGAUUUCACCACCUUUGCCAUUGUCGAACAAUCCAUGGGUGGGAUCCGUGGUGACUGAGAUCACAGACCUUGGUGAGAAGGACGGUGAGACCAGCUACAGGCUGGUGAAGGAGGCCUCGGGAUCAAGUACUUCAUCAGAUAGCCAAAGCUUGGGCCAUAGGCUAAAUGAGAAUGUCUCGGAACAAGAAGUGGGAAAUGGGUCUAGGAAUCCUUAUUCCCAUGAGGACAAUGAAGUCGAGGGUAGGGAGGAGGACAACCAAGGGGAGCAUCAAGGGUUUGAGCUUGUCAGCUUACUUACAGCAUGUGUUGAAGCGAUUGGAUUCCGGAAUAUCGCUGUGAUCAAUCAUUUUAUAGCUAAGUUGGGUGAGAUUGCUUCGCCCCAAGGAAGCCCUAUUAGCCGUCUAUCUGCAUAUUACACUGAAGCUUUGGCCAUACGAGUCACAAGGCUUUGGCCUCAUAUUUUUCAUAUUACCACUCCUCGGGAGCUUGAUCGGGCGGAUGAAGACUCUAGCACUGCACUGAGGCUUUUGAACCAGGUGAGCCCAAUUCCAAAGUUUCUUCAUUUUACAUCAAAUGAGAUAUUAUUGAGAGCUUUUGAAGGGAAAGACAGGGUUCACAUUAUAGAUUUCGACAUUAAGCAAGGGCUUCAGUGGCCGAGUUUGUUCCAGAGUUUAGCUUCUAGGACUAAUCCUCCAACCCAUGUUAGAAUCACGGGUAUUGGUGAGUCCAAGCAAGAACUGAAUGAAACGGGAGAUAGGCUUGCCGGAUUCGCUGAGGCAUUGAAUCUACCUUUCGAAUUUCAUCCAGUGGUGGACAGGUUGGAAGAUGUGAGGCUGUGGAUGCUUCAUGUGAAGGAGCAAGAGUGUGUGGCCGUGAAUUGUAUUUUUCAAAUGCACAAGACUCUUUACGAUGGGAAUGGAGGAGCACUAAGGGAUUUUCUGGGACUUAUCCGAAGCACAAACCCCAAAGUUGUCAUUAUGGCAGAGCAAGAGGCUGAACACAACGAACCCAGGUUGGAAACAAGAGCUUCCAAUUCACUAAAACACUACUCUGCCAUAUUUGACUCUAUUGAUUAUAGUCUUCCCUUGGACAGCUCGGUCAGGCUAAAGAUAGAGGAGAUGUUUGCACGCGAAAUUAAGAACAUAAUUGCUUGUGAGGGAAGGGACAGGCAUGAAAGGCACGAAAGUUUUGAGAAGUGGAGGAAGUUGAUAGAGCAAGGAGGAUUCCGAUGCAUGGGAAUAAACGAGAGGGAAAUGCUUCAGAGCCAAUUGUUGUUGAAAAUGUACUCCUGUGAGAACUUCAGCGUUAAGAAGCAAGGGCAAGAUGGAGCGGCGCUUACUUUAAGUUGGCUAGAUCAACCUCUUUACACAAUCUCGGCAUGGGCGCCCCUUGAUGUUGUAGGCAGUUCGUCCUCUUAUUCUCAGCCAAGUUGAUUGCUUCGGGUUUUGGUUUCGUAUGCAUUCUACUAGUCUUGCAUACAGAAAAGGAUACACAAUUCUUUGUAGGUAGGAAAACUAUUGUCAUUCUUUCAUUCUUUUGUUGCAGAUAACAUUGUCAUUCAAUAGUGUAAGAAUUAUAUGUAGUAAUACAGUAGGGGGCGAUAUUGAUUUCAGUGGUUGCAGUCCAGAUUCCCUAGAUUUCAGACACCAGUAUUUCGAGUCAAUUUGUGUUUAUUCAUUAAUUCUUUAUGUAUGCUCAAAUUCUUUGUAAGUCGGUCAUUAUAAUUUAUUAUAGUCUCUGUUGGAGGGUCUCAUAAACCAUGUAGGACACUCGAUUGUCAUAUAUGAAAUGGAUUUCAUUGAUUUGCAAGUUGCCAA